AUGAACGUCAAGGACAAUUUUGUGAACUCCGUGGUGCAGAAGUGCGGCCCUGCCGUCGUACGCGUGCAGACCGAGCAGAAGGUUGAGAUCCCGGCCUUGGGCAACGCGGAGAUUUUCUCCUUCUUCUUCGGGGUACGACCGGAGAGAACACAGGAGCGAACGAGGAAGGGCCAGGGCUCUGGCUUUUGCGUGGACGGCAAGGCCGGCUUCAUUCUGACCAAUGCCCACGUAGUUCAAGGAGCCGACAGGAUCUCGGUCAAUUUCGCUGGGCGACACGCUUCACUGGAAUGUGACCUCCUGGAGACUGAUGAGGUCAUUGACCUGGCAGUGCUUCAAGUGAAGGACAGGUCCAAGCUGCCUCUGCCAUCCAUGGCAAUGGGCCACAGCGAGUCGGUGAAGACUGGGGACUGGGCCAUUGUCCUAGGCAACCCUUUAGGCCUGCAGAACACGUGCACUCUGGGCAUCGUCUCCUCUUUGGAGCGGUCCACAGGGGAGACAGGCUUCGACUGGAUGAGGCACCCUCUUCUCCAGACCGAUGCCGCGGUGAACCAAGGGAAUAGUGGUGGCCCGAUGCUCAACGAGAUUGGAGAGGUCAUUGGCAUGAUCAGCAUGAGGGCCCUCUUCGGAGAGGGGAUCGGCUUUGCCGUGCCAGUGGACUCGAUCAGGAGUGCCCUUCCGAGCCUCCUGUCGGGCAAGAAGGUGCCAAGAUCGUACAUCGGCCUCAAGAUGAAGUCGAGCUUGGAGGAGCAACCGCACGAGGGCGCAUUCAUUGACGUGGUGCUGAACGGUAGCCCCGCAGCGGAAGCCGGGUUGAAGGAGGACGAUCAGAUCGCGGAAGUGAACGGACACAAAGUGCGUCACUUUGACGAGGUGCAGAUGGCAGUUCGCUCAGCUUCCGUGGGCAGCCGGCUGAAGCUGAAGGUGAGGCGGGGCAAAGAGUCUCUGUCCAAGACGCUGACCACCGCGGACAUCCGAAAGCUGCGAGAGGCGGGUCCCCAGGCCAGCCCAAAGCCGCAACACCGUGUGGUCAUUAUACCCUGA